GGCUUGCUGGGAAUUCUAGACCGCUGGGGGGUGCCCGCGCUGCGGGCUUGGGUGUCGCGCUGCCCGGCGAUCGACGUUCCGCCUUUCCCCGCGUGCCCGGGCUGUCCGCCGUGCCCAGGGGCGACCGCGGGCGCCGCCGCGAGCUCGGUGGCCUUCGCCUGCCUGGCCGCAUGCCUUGCCGGGGCUGCGUUCGGCGCCCUGGGCGCGAUCGCGGCGCUGCGACUCUCCGCUUCACCGCCGAGUCGCAGGGCGAGGUCGCGGCGCCGGCUGGAGGGGCUCCCUCGCGCCUGGCGCUGGCGGCGGUCACGGAUGGCGGAAACGCGGGCCUGGGUGCUGCACGACGUGGCAGGCGCGCGGCUCUUCCACCAGAGAAGGCUGGCGGGGCAAUUGGCGCUUGCGGAUGACGUCGUCGCCGUCGCGCCCGACGACGUGGUCUACGCGGAGAUUGCUGACUGCGGGGCCGGACAUCGCCGCGGUGCGUUGCUCGGCGGAGAG